UUAGUCUGACUUCGCUGCUCCUCGGAGCAGAGAGUCCAUCUGUGACAACUGUGCGUGAAGGUAAUCUAGCCCAUUGACGCAUGUAUACACGUAUGUGUGUGCGUACGUACGUACUACACUGUAUCUCACGAUACUAUAGCGAUAGUCACAUGUCCGGUUGACCCUAACGCACAUUUGAAUCAAUGGAGUGAUAAAAAAGUUUCCUUUGUGUGCUGAUAACGGCCGGUCAUUCGACUACAUGUAUAAUAAAGUCCGCGUGCGUGUGUCGUCGAGAGGUUGGAUGUGAAAUAGUUGGGGUUGAGACGUCGGUGCCAGUUACGCGUAGCUGCGUGCUUCUUGUGUAGAGCUAGAAACGAUAAAUGGCAACGGCAUCGUGGGUGCUCGGUGGCUCUCGGAGUGAUCAAAGAGCCGAGUGCAAGCAGCGCUCGGUUUUGUCGCGUUUUGGCCGUUCAUGCUGCACUUGAGGAGACGAACUUCGUCUGCGGAAAAAUCGGUGCGGUGAAAGUAGCUCGAACGGUUGCUACGUUAUACGCUACGCUCGUAACUCAUAGACGCGCCACACAUUACACGUAAAAACAACUUCCUCCGCGUCGAUGGCGAAAUUCGCUAAUCGCAAGAUUGUGCGCUAAUUAUGGACCUCUCGGUAUCUGGAUCGACGCUCCGAGGAUGAACAACCUGUCGUUGUUCGACACCCCGGAAUACCGCUGCCAAUUUUAUUACCCUCGAGGAAACGCAGGGCCGCCAAAAAGUCCCUACCCUGGCUGCUGCUAGCAUGCCUCUUGACACUCGACCUCCGCACGCGCGACUCUACACCUCACGAAUUCAUUGCUAUAGAUGCGUUACCUAAAUAUAAACAAUGGCUGACGAAGAAGGAACUGAGUGGCUCCACGAACUGUUGCACGACGUUCAGCUGACGCAAUUUUUCACUCGGAUCAGAGACGAUCUUCAGGUGACUCGACUGCACCACUUUGACUAUGUGCAGCCGGAAGAUCUGGAGAAAAUUGGAUUGGGUAAGCCAGGGAUAAGACGAUUAAUGGACGCAGUGAAGAAGCGUCGAGCAAAUCAAUGGAAGAAAAGCUUGAUAACGAAGAUAAAAAGCACAAAAAGUAGUAAACGAACAUCACAGACGCUGGACAGUCCCGCAACGUUAACUUGCCUCAUUCAAGAGAAGGACGUUACUCUUUCUAUAAAAUUAGGCGACGGAAGUUUCGGUGUUGUCAGACGAGGAGAAUGGACCUCUCCCAAUGGCAGAACUCUUCCUGUCGCAGUCAAGGUUCUCAAAGCUGAUGCACUCACCCAACCCAGUGUUUUUGAGGACUUUGUCUCUGAGGUUCAAGCCAUGCAUACUCUGGAUCAUCACAAUUUGAUCAGAUUGUAUGGAGUUGUUUUAUCCCAGCCAAUGAUGAUGGUGACGGAGCUGGCAGCGCUCGGAGCCCUUUUGGACUAUCUGCGCAAGCAGUGUGGCCAUAUGUCUGUCCUCACUCUUUGCAACUACGCGUUGCAGGUGGCAACAGGAAUGGCCUAUUUGGAGACUAAGCGAUUCCUCCACCGUGAUCUGGCCUGCCGAAAUGUGCUCUUGAGCUCCGUUGACAAAGUUAAAAUCGGCGAUUUUGGCCUUAUGAGAGCUCUGCCUCAGCAGGAGGAUUGUUACGUCAUGACAGAGCAUAAAAAGGUCCCAUUUCCAUGGUGUGCGCCAGAGUCUCUGAAGGCGAGACAAUUCAGUCAUGCGUCGGAUGUCUGGAUGUUUGGCGUUACUUUGUGGGAGAUGCUGACUUUCGGCGAGGAACCAUGGAUUGGAUUAAACGGUUCGGAAAUCCUCAGGAAGAUCGACAGGGAAGGAGAAAGGUUGCACGAACCGGACGCUUGUCCGCCCCCCAUGUUCCAGCUAAUGCUACGCUGCUGGGCCAGAGAUCCCGCGGAGAGACCGACUUUUUCCACUCUGAAAGAGGCCCUGACCGGAAUGGUACCUUCAGUCAUGAAAGCCCUGAGCCGCUUUGAGGACACCGAGAAAAUGACCAUCGAACAAGGCGAUCAGAUUGUCAUAAUCGACGGAAGGCCAGAGAAUUAUUGGUGGAAAGGACAGAACCAACGCACCUUCCAAGUCGCCCUCUUCCCACGCUGCCUCGUCGAUCCGAUGAGACGGAAACAAGCCGAAGACAUCAGCAAACCGCUUGAAAAUUCGUUCAUUCAUACCGGCCACGGUGCGCCGUUUGGAAAAUCGUGGGGCAGUCCCGUCUUCAUCGACGACGUCUACUUAAGGAAUCCUAUGGAGCCACCUGACAUUAUAGAUGUAACGGGUGUUGAGAGUCAGACAAAAAAAAGAUUUCAGUACGGAACACCGAGAUCUAGAAAACAAUUCAACUAUACCAAACUGCAAAAUGACUUGAGAUCCAGUCCAGCGAAAAAUAGCGGCAUGGUUGUUACCGGUGUUAAUCAAGAGGCACGACUGAUCGAUCUGACACCGGAAGAACUGGCCAAUGCGAGCGGCACAGUACAGCCUGAUACAACGUGUAGAAGAGUUGUCAAUAUACUAGACGAACCUAUAAUCGAUGCAACGGCUCAGCAAUCGCAAGAAUACUGGCAAAGCGAUGACCCCAGAACUUAUGCUAAUUUUCCUGGCGGCGUAGAGGCCACUCAACCUGAUCCGUUUGACACGUCACUUGUGUUCAUGAAUCCGCCACACUCUCGAUACUACAGCCACGUUACUCCAGAUUUGGCAAAUCAUUCUGUAGUAAAAACACAGCAAACCUACGGGAAUGUUCAGAAUGACGAGGACACUGCCGGAGCAAGCCAAUUCAAAAACGAAGCGAAAUCCGCUGGCAUGGGAAUAGAACAAUAUUCCUUGAGUUUGAACAAGGACAUCAGAAGCGGAAAUACCAAUUUAAAUGUGAACGUAGACUCGGCCGAGAACGGCGACGGCGCCAACGGUGAUUAUUACAGCGAAAUCGAUAAGCUCAGCCCCACACCAUCAAGUCUCUCCAGCUGGCCCGAGGAUCUACGAGGCGCCACGAGUCAAACCUACGCAAAUGUGGCCGAACGUAGUCUCAGCGUCGCUGUUCCACCUCCCCCAACACCACCGUCUCUCGGUCCUUAUGAAGCUCCGCCGAAGCCAAAAUCGAAUCACGAUCUUGCCCAGAGUUUGAACGAGUUAAGCAUAGAUGCGAGAGGUCAAUCAUCUCCCAAAAAAUUGGACCCGGCGUUUUUAGUUGAGCUUGAAAAACACUUGGGCGAAAAAGAGGCCUGCAAAAAUACUAAUUCUAGUCACGCGGUUAACACGUCCAUCGCGCAAUACGCUUCUCUGAACAAACUCAAGGAAGAGAAUUCCGCUAUUCCUCUUCUCCAGCCCCCACCGGCGUCCGCGAAACCAAGGUCUCCCCAAAGCGAGCAGCGCAUUGCCGCGGCCAACUUGCCUACCAAAGUUCAAAAUUCGUGGCAACUAAAGAGCACCAAUGUUCAGAGGCCUAGGAGCCAACUGGGUCAUCAUUCCCAGAUGGUCGAGGCAACAACGGACGCUAUUGUUGGACAGAUUUGGCACCAGACUCAUUCCCAGCAAUUUCAACAGCCAAAUUUUACCCAGUCUCAGUCACAAUUGGCGCAAGGCACUUCGCAGGCUGGUUCGAAUCUGCUUCAGGUGGUUCCGGUGGCCGGUGGAUUCAAUCACGGGCGAAUGAGUAACCUCGAAAACGCGCAUUCUGUCCAACCGACUCAUUCAAACUCCAAUCAAAGCAAUCCGCAACAGCAGAAUCUGCUCACUUCCAAUCAUCACAACUACUUCCAGCAGCAAAACGUUAACUUGCAACUGUCCAGUCAGAACGCCGAACAGCACAACGUUAGCCAAGCACAGAAUGACCUACAUUCCAAUAUGCAGAGCGCCGCGAUCAGGUCCUCAACUUUGCCACGGCCGGCGGCAACGGCUUCGGGAGCCAUACUAUCCGAACAGGUCUACGCCGAGCUGAAACAAACUGUCCCCAAUCUCGAUCAGCUCUCACAGAGCGAGUUCAACACUCUGUACAACAAAACGGUACAGCAGAACAUAUUGAGGAAUUAUCACAACAGCAACCAGACGUCGUCGAGCGGUACCACCAGCCAAGCGACGAGCUCAAAUCACGACAGUGCACAUGUUCAAGGACACGCCGCUGCUGCUGGUUCUGCACAGCCUGGUUAUCGCUAUAACCAGACGCUGCCGCGGGUUUAUCCCGCCCAGGAUCAUCCCUGCGAUUUUAGUCUCAGUUUGAAACAGCCUAUCAGCUACAAUCCGCCACCAGCUUACUCCGCCACAACGUGGAACAGCCCUAUGAAACCACUGCAGAACGGAUACCCGCAGUAUUCGCCAGGCAGGCACAACUCAAAUGUGGUCGGCAAUCAGACCGGAAGUCCGAAUCUCAUGCAGUUUACACCGACGAGAAUCUCUCAGGCGGGGCCGACGAUGCCCUCGCAGCAACUGUCGACGGCGCGAACUUUGCUGCCUCAGCUAAACGAGACUGUCAUCAAUACUCAGCUCGCACCUUCCGUUUCGGCUUAUCCAUCAGGAAUCAGCCCACCGCUAACAGGCGCUUCCCAACAGCUCGUCAUGUCCUUGAACGACGAAUUUAGGGCCAGUAAAAUCAUGAAAGUACAAAAGGAAACUGGGGACGUCGCCCAGACGGAAGUUCUUGCCGCUUUACAAGCCACCGGAUGGGACACGAAUCAAGCUGCUAAACAAAUCAUCAAAGAUCGACAAGCCAAGAUCGAAUCUCUUGUUAGACUGGGUCUAGCUGACAGACCGCAGUGCGAAGGAGCAUUAAAACAGACUGAGUACGAUGUGGAAUUGGCAGCAUCUCUUCUUUUGGACCGCGUUAGAUGAAACUGAAUUAUCAAACAGCCAAGAUACAUCUCGAAAGCACGGAAAUACCUUGUCAAUUGCUGUUUUACUUUGUUUUUGUUUAGUUUCUCUUUGUCUUGUGUUUCCUUAACUCCGUAGACAAUAGGAUCGACAAUUGUACCAGUACCUAUCGGAAUUGUCGCGAAAAAUCCUCUAUCGUGACACAUACCAAAUGACAUGGAGAUACAGUUACAUUAGAGAGAACUCCAGUAAAAUAAGUAGAAAAAAUUCGAGUAAAUAGCCAAGUUUUAACUUUUAAGUAAUCUAGGUCAUAAAAUUACCUUUAUUAAGGGGUACUCACGGAAUCGUAAACACGCAUCUUAGUGCUCUAACAGAUUAACGUUUUCAAACUUCCUAUCUUACUGAAAUAAAAGGGUGUAUUCGCAGUUUGAAAAUGGAUACUCUGCAGAAAAUGUGUCUUCGAAGUUAGAUUAAUUACAAACAGUGAAGUUCGGAGCAGAGAGAUUUUUUUUUAAUAAUUAGAGACUACAAUUUCCAAUGUCUUGACUUGACUACAAUCAAGCUUCAAAUGAUUGAAUUUUUUUUUUAUGAUACUCCCAUAAAGAAAUCCCGGUAAAAACCUUGGUUAUUCGAAGAUAUACUUUCAAAGUGUACCAGUUUCAAAUCGCUGUUUCAGUGGUGAGUCAAGGGAUAAAAAGAGAAACUCAUCCCUGCAAUUGUACCAGGACUGAGAUUUUACCUGCGUGUACCCAGAAAAGAACUUUAUUUCAAUAAUUCACUAUUACAUAUAUCUUCGAUAUAUUCAAAGACCAUAUUUCAUUAUUUAUGUAUUCUAUUCUUACUACCCAAGCAUAAAUUUUUUCACUCGUAAAUACUCUCACUCGUCAUCCAAAUGUCGAUCAAACGCAUAUAUAUAUAUAUACACAUAUAUUCCCCUAUUUUAAUCUCUCUCUCUGAUUGCUAUUGAGAAUGUAUUAUAUCCAUUAUUAGUAGGUCACAUUGAUGUAUCUGUAAGAAUGCGCAGCAGACACGCUGAAAUCUGCAUUAUUGUGACUCGGAAAAUGUGUGAAUAUGAAAACCAUAGUGGAUUUAUUUUAGUGACUUUAUACAGGAGCAUCGUGUGAAAUGGUUCAGUCUAGUUUAAAUAUUUAGCUUAGUCUAGUUUAGUUUAGUAACGAGCGUGACGAACACAGCACUCAAAAUUCUUACUGUGAUAAGUAUUAUUAUACAUACUACUAUUACUAUGUUACUACCAUUGUGCAGUAUAAGUAUACUAUUGGUCGAUGAUAACUAAAUCUUAUAAUUAUAUGUAUUUCGCAAAAUGAUUUGAUCUACGUAAUUUAUAGUCGGUGAGGCGAACCAAUAGUUUUGCUUUGCUUUAAUACUAAAUGUGCGGAAUGAUAGAUCUACCAUCGAAUACUCUGUCGUAGAAUUUAGUAUUACUCAAAGCCUAAAUCAUUACUUACGAUCAUUUGUAAUGACCACGAAUUUAAUGUUACAAGCAGGGCUUAUGGUGAGUUUGCGCAAUUUUUUCAGUUCUACAAAAAAUUCAUUUUCUCGUGUUUAAAAUUACGUGACUGGCUACUCGUUCUGUCCGAGACUUUUUUUUGCUCAUCGUCAGGUCUUUAGUCUGAUUAAAAAAAUCUAAGCCAAAUAUACGUGAAAAGCUAAAAUUAAACGAAAAUUUCUUUUAAUAACAAACAUUCAAAUUUACUCAUCUGCUCAACUACCGGAAAAAAGACACGUGCAGGAAAUGAAACCUUUCCAACUUUCACAUGACGCUUUUAGUCUUAUCAUCAGUAGAUACGUGUAUUGAAACUGAAUAGGAAAUAGAGGUAAGAUUUUAUUUGGCAUGACGGGCUCGUGUUCGCGUUAUUUUUCACUUUCUUCGUAUAUCAUAAAACACUGUUUUAACACAGCAGAAUCCGGAAACAGAUUAUUUUUCAAAGUUUUUUGCUAAGGGAAACAGAAGUUAAUUGCAUGUUAAUAUUCACUUAAGACAUAUUAUGUAUUAUUUGAUCAAUUAGUAUCCACGACCGAAUAUCUAAACUUGGAAUAAAUAUUCUGGGUUUUAGUUUUUUGUUCUUUUUCUUCUUCAAAAUCACCAACGCAUAUACACCAGCGAAAUUGUAAAUGUAUAUUUAGCGCGAACCUAAAUAUUGCAUAAUCUUAUCCCAUUUGUACAUGUCAUUUUCUUUGUAUGAUCCUUCCUAAUAGUUGAAUUAUUCUUCACCCUCGUAAUUAUACUUAUCAUUUAUCCCAUAGAACAGCCAAAUUUAAAUACAACAAAGUCGAACGUCCACAUGACAUACAGUGAAUUAUUUAGUUAUUACAUAAUACGUAUAUUAAAGUAUAUGCAUAAUAGGUAUAUCUAAGACUGCUGCGGAAUUAUAGAAAUCAAGAAAUUGGUUUAUACCUAUAAUACGCGAGACGCUGUAAAGAUAUUUGAAAAUCAGUCGAAAGAAAAAAAACAAUACUGUACAUCGCAUUAUUAUAUUCCCAUUAAAAAAUUAUUUGUUCUUAA